AUGCAAAACGCCAGACAAGGCCAGAUGGCAUCCAGGCGGCAGAUCAAAAGAGGCAAGCAGGCAGAAAAGACCAAAAAGGGGACGAGGGGGUUCGAGGACGCGGCAGGAGGACGAUCGUCGGAGGGUCGUGAGCCAAUGGAGCGAGGAGUCGAGGAGAAGGGGCGACGUAAAGCGUCUCGAUUUCUGUGGCUGCGGCACAGCGGUGUCUCGAAACAGAACGGAAUGGAAGAGGGGUGA